AUGAGAGUUCAUCUGCAGUAUCUGCUGCUACUAAUAGGAUAUGUGUCACUGGCCUCGGCGAGCGGCUUCCAACAUGAGAUUCGACGGGCUGGCAAUGGCAUAGAAGCAAGAAAUGCUAAGGGCAAGGGCGCAGGAGCGGGAGGACUGUUGGGGCUCUUGGGAGCGUUGGAGGCAGCCCAAGGCGGCAAGGGGAAGGGGAAGGCAAAAGGGAACGGACAGGCUGCGACCGUCACCAAGACAGUAAAGGAGACCGUGACAGCAGCGGCUGCCGCCUCGAAAUCGAACCAGCCUGCCGCCGCCGCGGGAGCAUCGAACAACACCGCUUCAGGAGCCGCACCGGCAGCAGCCGCACCGGAGGCUGGAUCAGCAUCGAACAGUUCCGCUGGCAAUGCUGCGGCCGCUCCGGCUGCCAACCCGAAUGCUCCCGCCUUCGAGUUCCUCACAAGUACCGUCUUCGCUCAAGGCCCAGCCCCGACGCAAAUCAUCAGCUUGCUCCCCGAGACCGUCACGCAGACUGUGUUCCUGACCAUGCCUUGCGCCGCCAACCCGGCUGCGCAGAACCCGGCCGCCGCCGCAGGAGGAUCCAGUAAUGGCACGGGGCAGGCCAACUCGAAUGGCAACGGUGUAGGAGUGAUCAGUGUGGCUGUCCCAUCGAGCUUGCACACGACGACUCCCUCGCUCAACGCUCCACCGCCAGCGGCUGCGACACCACCAGCAAACAGCCCUCCGCCGGCCGCCGCCCCCGCGAACACUCCUGCGGCAUCACCUCCUCCUGCAGCGGCCCCGCCGGCAAGUGCUCCUCCCGCAGCAGCGCCACCAGCAAGCGCUGCCACUCCACCGCCGCCUCCUGCAGCUGCUUCUCCGCCUCCCGCCUCUUCGCUAGAGUCAUCAAUCAACCUAGGCGGCGCCGCCGGACAGAGCACAGCCGCAGCCCAAUCCACACCUCCUGUCGCCGUCAACGCUCCACCUGCAGCUGCCGCCCCCCAGGCGACACCGGGUACCAACAAUGCCGCCGAGCCGGAUAUCGACACGAGCGGGUUGACCCUGAAGUCGGCAGUAAGCCUGGGCAACCUCGUACAGCAGACCAACGCGCCCGCGGCGUAG